UCUCUCCCUUCCCGCCCCUCGCCCCCUCCCACUGCAUAAAGCAGCCUGAAGAGGCUUCCUUUGUAAGCCAUCACGCAUCCGUACGCACACCAAACCGCGAUUCGCGACGAAGCCAUAGACCCUAGCUCUAGGUUUAGCUCCCUGCCCAGAGGAUGAGCGGCGGCGGCGGAAGAUGGGGCGCCGCGGGAGGCGGCUACAUCAUCGGUGUUGUCAUCCGAAGCUUGAUGGGGCGAUGCGGCAAGUACACGGCCACCCCGUCUAUGGGAAGCUUCUGGCCCAAGGGCAGACCAGGCGGCGGAGGCGGCGGGCUGGGCGAUGGCAGCGCCAUCUUCUUCCAGACCAAAUGGCGCCCAAGCAAUCCAGAGAUUGCGGCCCUGAAGCGUGUCCUGGCGUCUGUGGACCGUGCGUCUCGACAUCAGAAUCAGAAGGGCAUGGAAGGAUCUGGGCUACUGCAAGAGGCUGCUAACACCGGGGAAAUGGAGAUUGGUUUGACACCAUCAGAGGUAACAUCUGAAUCAGAAGAAUCAAGGCAGUUGCAGAUGACCGAGGCUUGGCGUAAAAGAGGCACAGAGAAGAAAGUAGGCAUAAUUGACAUCGUUCAUGCCAGCCGUGGAGAUCACUGUCAGGGAACUGUUAAUAAUGAGACACUUGGUUACUUAGUUGGAAGGGUCUAUCCUUUCCAAACACGUCUGGGAAUUGAUAAGGGCCGAUUGCCCUUCAGGAAACAUCUAUUUAAUGAGAUGGCUCACUGUGCUGCUAACUGUUGGAACCCAGAGACUGAGUCUUCUUAUGGAUGGGUAGAGUCUAUGGGCAUUCCAGACAGAUAUGCAUAUGAUUUAAAAUCUCACUUUGACAAAAGUGGCCUUCCACUUGUAGCCCAUGAGAAGUUUUCAAAGCCUAUAGAAGUCGAGGAGUUUCAGGCUUAUUCAACUGUCGGUGUUGCUGAUUAUACUUCUCUUGAGGUCCUAUUGAAGAAAGGAUGUCCAAUGGAAUGUGACUGGUGGUCACAUGGAGCUAUUAUGUAUGAGAUGCUUGUGGGUUAUGCACCAUUUUAUUCCGAAGAUCCAAUGUCAAUGUGUAGGAAGGUGAGCCUAAUUGUGCAGAUAGUAAAUGGGAGAAGCCAUCUUAAAUUUUCUGAAGAGGCCAGACUUUCAUCAGAAGCUAAAGAUCUAAUCAAUAAGCUAUUAUGUAAUGUGAAUCAGAUAUUUGUAAUGAACAGAUCACAUAUGAUAAAGGCUUAUCCAUGGUUUAGAAGCGUUGAAUUGGAAAAGCUAUAUCAGAUGGAAGCAGCUUUCAUACCCGAAGUUAUUGAUGAAUUGGACACACAAAACUUCAAGAAUUUUGAGGUGACCGCCCUUCCCAUGCUAAAUUGGACUGCUGAAGAUAUAAUGGCCUAUGCGAAAUCAGGACACAGGAAAAAAAAGAAUAAACUAAGGGAUAAAGAUGGUAAAGAUAAAGAUGAUAAAGUAAUAAGGUUGAGAAAAACCAAGGAAAAUAAUGUCAGAUCAUCAUCUGGUGGUGGGGGGAGCAGCUCUGGCAAUACUGCUCUUGUAUGUUUAGACUUUAGAUGCAGAUGAUGAAAGUAGCUUGGAAAGUUACAGAGAAGGAAUCCGACGUCUUCGCGCAUGGUGCCGGGACAACGGCACAUGUGUGGAUAUUUCCAGCCUGUGUGGA